AUGUCAUCAUCAGACGAGGAGGAAAAGCGACCUAAACAACCAGAGCUCUCGUUCAUCACGCCAAAUGGCGUAUCCUACUAUGCCUCGUCUAAAUCCAUGCGUGUGGAAGAAUACCAGGAGAUGCUUGAUCGAGGGUGGAGACGAUCCGGAUCACUUUACUACAAGCAAAAUCUGAAACGCUCGUGCUGUCCGCAUUACACAAUAAGGCUAGACCCUACUACUUUCAAGCCAAGAAAGGACCAGAGGUUGGCCAUGAAUCACUGGAAUAAUUUCGUGCUGGGACAGUCAUAUAUCCGAAGUGCGGCAAGACUCUGUCCAAAAACUCGAGAGGAGAAGAAAUUGCGAAAGUCGAAGUUCGAUCUCCUCCAACGAGUCCAUGAAGUGGAAUACACCAAUGUCAAGAAACUCAAGGGUCCGAAGACGAAAAGGUCUAUAGAACCGGCCCAUAGGUUUGAAGUGAAUAUUGAGUCAGAUUCUUUCUCACAGGCAAAAUAUGACCUCUUCCUAAAAUAUCAAAUGACAAUACACAAAGAGCCUGCAUCAAGAUGGAACGUCCCCUCUUUUAAGCGGUUCUUAUGCACUGGUAUUCAGAGGAAGACCGUCAAAAUAGGCUCGAAAGAGCAGAGACUCGGAUCGUAUCAUCAAUGUUACCGGCUAGAUGGUAAGCUUAUCGCAGUGGCCGUUCUAGACCUGCUUCCUCAUGCCGUGAGUUCGGUUUAUCUAUUCUAUGACCCAGAGUACAGCGACUAUGAAUUUGGGAAAAUUAGUGCUCUCCGAGAAAUUGCCUUAACUAGUGAGGGAAAUUACCAAUACUACUAUAUGGGUUUCUAUAUACACUCCUGUCCAAAAAUGCGAUACAAGGCGAAUUUCCAGCCUCAGUAUGUUCUAGACCCGGAAAGCUUCACAUGGAGUCCAUUUGAUAAUUACAAAUAUGAACUUGAUCGACGUCCGUAUAUGUCUCUUUCCCAUGACAGCGCGUUAGAGGCAACAACAAAGGCAGGAGGUGGCGUAGAAGCACAUCCUUCUGGCGAAGAAAAGGAUGCAUCAAACGUUAAACCUCCUAUUGGUGAGGAAGAUAUGUCAUUAUUUGACGUCCACAUGCCAGGCGUCUUGACGUUACAGCAGUUAGAGGAGCAGGUGGAUCUGGAUCAUUGGAAACUUCUGGCCCAUGGUGUUCUGGUCGACAUGGUCGACUUGGUCCCAUGGGAUAAUUCGGAUAUCCGCAAUCCCCAGUCGAUAAAGGGUAUUGUUGCUGAGCUUGCUGCGGUGUUAGGACCGACGGUUGUUGAGAAUUCCGUAGUUGUUUUGUUCUAA